CCCAAGGAGAGGGAGCAAACACUGCUGGAGUUGGUCAGCCCAGAAGCUCAGAGCCCUGCCCGGGCUGGUGGAGAGGAUCAUGUUCAAGAACCGUUGACCCGUGGCUACAAGAACUGUUGACCCCUCCAGCCAUCAGCCCAGAACCAUGUCAUCAGGCCAGCAGGUAUGGCACACAUUUGUGACACCCCUCCGCAGAAGCAGCUCUACAGCUAUGACACCCAGGUCCCCUGGCCCUGCUGGCAGCCCCAGAUCCCCCAGCACACCUGGCUCAGAGAAGGUGGCUUCUCCAUUGGAGUGCUCCAUCUGCUUCUCAGGCUAUGACAACAUCUUCAAGACACCCAAGGAGCUCUCCUGUACCCAUGUCUUCUGCCUGGAGUGCCUGGCCCGGCUGGCGGCUGCACAACCUGUGAAUCGUUCUGGCAGAGAGACCGUACCCUGUCCAUUCUGCCGGCAGCCCACACCAGUGCCAGCUGCUGGGGCCCCUGCACUGCGCACCAGCCGCCAACUGCAGGCAAAGAUGCCAGUACACCUGCGGAGGGAGGAACCUGUGUGGCUUGAGGGCACCAAGCUGUGCUGCCGCCCACCACCCACCACACCUGGCCAAGAGGCCCCUGACUUUGUGUGUGUAGAUGUGGGUCUGAGCAAGCCACCUGAGACUACCCCACCUGUACCAGUCCAGGACCCUGCCCCCCGCCAAGGCCGCCUGGCCCGCUGCUGGGCACGUUGUAGGGACUGGCGGCGAGUAGCAUUGGUCUCCGUACUGCUGCUGAUGUUGUUUUGUGUGGUGCUCUGGCCUGUGCAGUGUGCGCUGAAGACUGGGAAUCUGCGCUGCCUCAGCAGGCCACCUGUGGCCACUGCCACUGCCUCCGCCACCACUGAUGCCUUCUCUCUUGGGCCCCUGGCCAACAACUAGGGUCACCAGCCUGGGCUAGGCCAACCACCCUACCAGCUCCAUGAAUGAGUCCCUGGCCCACUGGGAUUGAGAAUAUAGCAGCCUUGGAAGUUAGUAGUCUCCAAGGAUCUUGGUGAACCUAUUUGGGUUCCUCAUUCUCUAGGGGUUGGUCUCAAUGGGAAAAAUAAAAGGAUCUCCAAGGUCUCCAGUAACUGCAGGUUCCUAAAGACCCCAGAGACCUCUCUGACCCCCAUUACAGAUAUGGGGAAAGGGGCCCUCCCUGACCAUACUGAAUUGCCAAAACAGGAAGAAACAUCCUUUCUUGAGACAUUUCUCUGUGAUCCUCCCUGGAUUCUUUCUCUGGGCAGGAAUGCCCCUCUUCUGCUGAGUGGGGCUGCUGAACAACUUGCCCUUUGGUUGACAGAAGGAAGAGGCAGGGCAUCCCUGUGCCCAGGCCACUACAGGAAGUUUCCCAACUGUCCCUGGAUAUUGUGAAUAGUACAUUUUAAAAUAAAUUAUUUUGCAUUCA